AUGUGUAAUUACUUGGAAGGACGGGAGGGCGCCCUGCGGAGUGACGCCGGGUUCGAGGCCAUUGGAAUCCUACCUCUCCGAUUUAUGGCGUUCAGCGAUUUUCGCGGAAGCGUUUACGCACGCUCAGUUGUGACGGAGUGCGGUAUUGGCUGCGCUUUGCCGAUUUUAAAAUCGAAACUUCUUUGCGCGCAUGAAACUGAAACGCCGGGACAUCAAGUGGCCCCUACCUUAAACAUUGGGGACGAUAAGAGGGCAUUUAUUGGAGCUGUCAAUGGGUCGUUGACCCGUCGCGCGGGCCUGCCCGCUAGAUUUCCCGUGGCGCAUCAAAGGCGAGAGAUGUCGCUGCGAUUGCGGCUGAUAUACUCCGCCGGCAGCAGCAAAGACCCGCCUGCCAUUAACCGAUAUGACAAGACUAUAAAG